UUGAAAUCCAACCAACCGCUGAGACCAGGAAACGUCAAUACAACAAAAUCAGAGGAAUAAAAACAUACACAAGUAGCGAUUCAAUCUCAACAACUAGUUUAAAAUGGUUUACUUUAUGUUAAUGUGUUUCAUUAUAAGAUUACAUACAGAAUAGAACUUGUAUAUUUAAUAAUCUAGCUAUGCUCUUGAUAUAGUUAUUGUUUAUAAGUCGCAGGAUGUGUAAGAACAUGUUUAAAUCAGGCUGUUUGGUGCGGACUGUUCAUGUCAUUCUGACAUGGCUCACAACUUUAGUCCUGUUUCUGCAUAACACAGAUCUCCGUAAGUGUCAGGAGAGAGGAGAUCUGUUCCAGCCUGUGUUGUUCAGCUCUGUGGUUCUGCUCUCUGUACUGCUGUACUUUACUGUGUCUCUAAUGGAUCCUGGUUUUGUUCUGUCUGACAGCGACACAAAGGCAACAUCAGUGGACAGUAAUGAAGAACUGGAAAAGAUGAUUCCUCAAGAUCACAGUUCGUUAAAGCAGCGACGCUGUGGCUACUGCUUCUUAAUGCAACCAAUGAGGGCCAAGCACUGUAAGAUGUGUAAGCGCUGUGUGAGGCGUUUUGACCAUCAUUGUCCCUGGAUAGACAACUGUGUUGGUGAGAGGAAUCACAAAUGGUUCCUGCUCUACCUGUGUGUGCAGUUUGUCGCCGUAUCUUGGGGUUUACAGGCUUCGUGGUCCGGCGUCGUCUUUGCACCCACCUGGCAGCAGUGGUUCACUCAGAACGGACUCCUGCUUGGGGCGUUUGCCUUGACGGCUGUGUUUUCGGUGGUCGUGCUGCUCCUGCUGUGCAUUCACAUUUACCUGGCCUCGGUGAACACCACCACCUGGGAGUUCAUGUCACGACACCGCAUCGUGUACCUCAAACACUGCGACUCGGAGGAGAACCCGUUCGACAGAGGAGUCAUCUGCAAUCUGUGGGACUUCUGCUGCGUCUGCGGGACGGUAGCAUGGGAGAGGAUCUACAUUAGACACACUAACGGGAAUGUAUGACUGGAUUUCAUGAAGGAAAAGUGUUUUAUUGAGCCCUUCAAAGCAUCUCUUUAGACCCAACAUUAAUCGUGUUUUUACUAAUACUGAUGUGAUGUGGUUAUUUUCAUCAUUUCAUGUAGUAAAGCUGCAGGGAACAUGUACAGUAUCUACAUGCUAAUUUAAUUACGCCAUUAUUCAUCCUGUGCCACAAUUACUGGGUGAUUGGUCGAUGUUUUUGGUCUGUUUUAUACGUAUUUGUUGCGUGAUGUAUAUCCGUUUACAUAACGAGGGACGGUUUGUAUUAACCCUUUCUUUUUAUUUGUUUGUUAACUUAAUUUUAUAUAUGACUAAAUAAAUUUUGCACACAAUUUUUAUUGAUUCACUAAUGAAUCAUUCUUAUAAGCAGAAAAAAAUGCUGUAAUGAUUGAAGUUAAGAACUUUCAGGUUAUUAAUUAAUUUCUGUUUAGAAACUUACCACAAACUUGGAUUUGUUUGACUUAAAGCAAUGGGCAAACUUCCAAUUGAGCCUCAAGAUGACUUAAAAUUUAUUCAGCAUAAAGCAAGUAUUAAACAAGCUACAGUUGAAGUCAUAAGUUUACAUACACCUUGCAGAAUCUGCAAAAUGUUAAUUAUUUUACCAAAAUAAGCAGUAUCAUAUUAUUUUUUAUUUAGUACUGACCUGAAUAAGAUAUUUCACUUAAAAGACAUGUGCAUAUAGUCCACAAGAGCAAAUAAAAGUUGAAUUUAUAAAAACGACCCUGUUCAAAAGUUUACAUUUACUUGAUUCUUAAUACUAUGUUGUUACCAGAAUGAUUCACAGCUGUGUUUUUUGUAUAGUGAUAGUUGUUCAUGAGUCCAUUGUUUGUCCUGAGGAGUUAAACUGCCUGCUGUUCUUUAGAAAAAUCCUUCAGGUCCCACAAAUUCUUUGGGUUUUUAGCAUUUUUGUGUAUUUGAACCCUUUUCAACAAUGACUGUAUGUUUUUGAGAUCCAUCUUUUCACACUGAGGACAAAUAAGGGGCUCAUAUGCAACUAUUACAGAAGGUUCAAAUGCUCACUAAUGCUCCAGAAAGAAAAACGACGCAUUGAGACCCGGGGGGUGAAAACUUUAGAAUUUGAAGAUCAGGUAAAUUUAACUUAUUUUGUCUUCUGUGAAACAUGUAAGUAGCUUCUGAAGGACAGUACUAAUUGUAAAAAUAUAUGAUAUUUAGGCAAAAUAAGAAAAAUGUACACAUCUUCAUUCUGUUCAAAAGUUUUCACCCCCUGGCUCUUAAUGGAUUGUGUUUCCUUCUGGAGCGUCAGUGAGCGUUUGAACCUACUGUAGUUCCUCAGUGUGAAAAGAAAAUGAUUU